AUGAUUCUUCAAGUUUUAUUUAUAGUGUUUUUAUUUUUGUUACUUCUGAAAUUAUAUCAGAAAAUAACAUGUGGUGUAUGCAAAUCGAGUGUUCAUAUGAUGGGGAAAGUUGUUAUUGUAACCGGUGGAAACUGCGGUAUUGGCUUCGAGACAGCUAAGAACUUAGCCGAGCGGGGAGCACGAGUGAUUAUCACAUGUCGCAGCGUUCCACGAGGAGAAAAAGCAGUGAAUGAAAUCAUAGCAGCAACUGGAAAUAAAAACGUGUUUCAUAGACAGCUUGAUUUUUCAUCAUUUAGAUCCAUACGUGAAUUUUGUGAUUACAUAUAUAAAACAGAAGAGCGUGUUGAUGUUCUUAUCAAUAACGCGGGGGCCGGAGGGCUUGGUAACAAGAAGACUGAAGAUGGGAAUCACGUUGGAAUGCAGGUCAAUUAUUACGGACCUUUCCUUUUGACGAAUCUCAUGUUGCCGUUAUUAAAAAAAUCGGCUCCGAGUCGAAUAAUAAAUGUAUCGUCGAUAGCUCACAAAUAUGCUGAAAUGGAUUUCGAAAAUUUAAACAUGGAAAAAUAUUGGAGUGAUUAUCUAGUUUAUGCUAACAGCAAAUUAUUUUUGAAUUUAAUGACUCUGGAAUUAAGUAAAAGAUUAGAAGGGACUGGUGUUACAGUAAAUUGUUUACAUCCAGGCGCUGCGGCUACCAAUAUAUUUAGAAACAUUAAAAGUAAGUUUAUUCGUAACAUAGUGAUGAUGGGUUUAGAGAUCCUAUUUAAAUCUGUUUGGGAAGCCGCACAAACUUCCAUAUAUCUGGCUGUAUCGCCGGAAGUAAAUGAUGUAAGUGGUCGCUACUUCGUAGAUUGUAAAGAGAAGAAACCCUCUAAAUUGUCACAGGAUGAAGAAAUCGCUAAGAAAUUGUGGAUCGAAACAGAAAAGUUAGUAAAAUAG